ACUUAUUAGUUAUUAUUCCUCCCCUCUCUCUCUUUCUAUUUCACUGCUUAUGUCACGAGUUUCCUCGGAUCCCCUUUCUUUUUCGUCUCUCCCUUUCUUUCUCUCUCUCUUCGCUAUAAACACACAACAUUCAACUUUCCACUUUCCGAUUUCAUUAAAACGCUCUCUUCAUUUUCCCUUACUUUUCUUCUACUUUCAUCCCGAUUCUUCCAAUCCCCACAGAAAAAGAAGAAAAAAAAAAAGAGAACCCAAUCUUUAUUCUUUCCCUCUUUAUUCCUUAUUCCCCUUCUGGGGUAUUAUUAAAAAUCUUGGGAAUUUUUUGCUGGUUUGUUUUGGAUUUGAUUUGAUCCGAGAUCAUGGGGGUGUCAGGGAAGCCGCAGGGAGAUGUUGGGUUGGAAUCGGAUGGGAGGAAGUGGGUUACUGCUGGGAUUCCUCUACGGGCUCCGUUGAAGCCGAUAUACACCAAUCCGGUGGAGAAAGGUAAGGGGAUUAGUCAAGGGGAGGAUGACGAGUGUUCGACGACGCCGACGGGGGAAGAUGCCAGAAUACCAGCCGUAUUACCUUGCCCUCCGCCUCCAAGGAAGCGGAAACCGUCGCUGAAGUGUAACUACAGCGGUGUCAGAGAGUUUUUUACUCCGCCGGAUUUGGAAACCGUCUUCAUACGCCAUGUGGAAAGGGCUAGCUAAAUCCGCUUCUUUUUAUUUUCCUUUUUUUUUUUUUUAGGGUAAUUUGCAGGGGUAGUAGGGAGGUUUUAUUAUGUACAAAGAUUUUAUAAAUAAAUGGAAGGAAAUGGGAAUUUUAGCUUAAUUUACAAAUCAUGAGCUUCUUGAAAUUUAAGAAACUGUACUGUUCAUUACCUGUUUCAUUCUUUGUAUGGAAAAAUUUAGAAGCUCUUUCUCCUUUUUCUCCUUUUCUCUGUACCCAACCCGUUGUCUGCAAGAAUCUUUCCAAAACUAGCAGAAUAUGUAUAUAUCUAUCUACUUGUAUAUUUUCAAAAUUUCAUGAUAUAGUAUCAUUCUUGUCUUGAAGUUAUAUGAUGAAAAGCUAAUUUUCUCGUGUUGAAGUUUGUUUCUUUCUUUAUUUUUAUUUUUAUUUUCUUUUUAACUUUACGAGACCGACUGUAAAUAACAUUGAAUCUCUAUGGUUCUGCCAUGCAUGAGAACUAAUUGAGGAUCUGAGUUGUUUCAUUUUUAUUCUUGUUCUUGCUGAUCUGUGUGGGUAUUGAGAUGAAGAUGCAGUGGACUAUUCAUGUUCA